GCGUCGUCAUUAAUAGUAUCACUAGCACUGUAACUUCAAGGACUCGGCAGUCGAGCACCGGGCAGUCCACCAUGACCUUUAUAUCCUCGAUACUCUCCUGGUUCAGUAGCAUAUUCUUCUCCAAAGCCGCUGAAAUAUCUGUGGUUGGGCUGCAGUCUUCUGGAAAGACUUCGUUUGUGAAUGUCAUCGGGUCGGGGCAGUGGUCAGAAGACGUCGUUCCAACUAUCGCCUUCAACUAUCGCAAGGUACGCAAGGGCGCUGUGACCCUAAAGAUAUGGGAUGUCGCAGGACAGCCCAAGUUUCGCUCAAUGUGGGAGCGCUAUUGCAACGGAGUCGAUGCUCUAGUAUUUGUAGUCGACUCAGCUGAUCAAGAGAAGUUUGACACGGCAUGCUUCGAAUUGCACCAACUAUUGGCACAGCCUAAUCUAACAGGUGUCCCUCUUUUGGUGCUUGGAAACAAGAAUGACAUUCCCUCGCAUGCAUCUGUCAAGGAUCUUAUACGCGACCUUCAACUGGACAAGAUACAAGACCGCCCAGUCUCAUGUUACUCGUGUUCGAUGAAAAGCCAACAUAAUUUGGACAUAGUCCUCCGCUGGCUCUCAGAUCGUAGUCAUUAGGCUUAGCACCUGUAAAGUGUUGUGCCGACUCACCGCAUGAUUGAUUGGACGUAGUCAACAUCACCCAUUUUCAGGCAUCUAAUAGGAUUGAAGCACAUUGUGCGAUACUCGCAUUAUUUAAUGUAGACAUACUGUCAUGAGACCUAGUACGACAUGGGGAAGAAGCACAUCAGACUGUAAUUCUUUGAACGGAA